AAACAACAUCUCACCUGCCCUCCCUAUCCCUCCUCUUCCUGCCCACCCGACUCCUCAUCAGCGCAUCGCCGCGUGUGAAGCGACCUCUAUAUACCUCAGCCUCACUGCCCUGCUGAACCGCCCUCCCAGUGCAGCAGCCAUGCUGCUCUCCCAGCUGUCCCGAUGCAGCAAACGCCUGGCCUCCGGUAGCUCCGCGAGAGCCUUUUCCAGCGCAGCACCUCAGAGCGCCCCACGCACCGCCCUGAUAACGAAGCGACGAGAACUCGGCGUCUCCUCGUACAAUGCCUUCACGGCCCACCAUCGCCAGUAUGCACAAGCUGCGGAAAGGACAGAUCAGGGCGUUGACCCCUCAGACUCCUUCUUGACGGGUAACACUGCCGGCUAUGUGGAUGAGAUGUACUCGGAAUGGCAGCGCGACCCAUCGUCUGUCCACGUGAGCUGGCAGCACUACUUCAAGAAUAUGGAAUCAGGCGACAUGCCUGUUUCUAGAGCCUUCACUCCACCCCCUACGAUUGUCCCUCCGCCCGCAGGCGGUGUCAUUGCUCCGUCUGGUGCCGUUGGCGCUGCAGCUGGCCAGAGCAGCGAAGUGCUGAACCACUUGAAGGUACAGCUGCUAGUACGAGCUUACCAGGCACGAGGACACCACAAGGCCAAGAUUGACCCACUUGGGAUUAAGGAUCUCAAUAAAUCCACCCCAAAAGAGCUGGAGUUGAAGACAUAUAACUUCACCGAGAAGGACAUGGACAUGGAGCUCACCCUUGGGCCUGGUAUCUUACCCCGUUUCGCAAAAGACGGCCGAGAGAAGAUGACCCUGCGUGAGAUCAUUGAUGCUUGCGAGCGCUUGUACUGUGGUCCAUACGGUGUCGAGUACAUUCACAUCGCAGACAGAGAGCAAUGCGAUUGGCUGCGAGAAAGAGUCGAAGUCCCUCAGCCUUACAAGUACUCCGUGGAUGAGAAGCGGCGAAUUCUCGACCGACUGAUUUGGUCGUCUUCGUUUGAGUCUUUCCUGGCCACCAAGUACCCCAAUGAUAAGCGUUUCGGUCUCGAAGGUGGUGAAUCGCUCAUCCCUGGUAUGAAAGCCCUCAUCGAUCGUUCUGUCGACUACGGUGUCAAGGAUAUUGUCAUUGGCAUGCCUCACAGAGGUCGUCUGAACGUGCUGUCCAACGUGGUGCGCAAGCCAAACGAGUCUAUCUUCUCCGAAUUCGGUGGGUCUGCUGAGCCAUCUGACGAGGGCUCUGGAGAUGUCAAGUACCAUCUGGGUAUGAACUUCGAGCGUCCAACUCCUUCCGGAAAGCGCGUGCAACUUUCUCUGGUCGCCAACCCGUCUCAUUUGGAAGCCGAGGACCCUGUUGUGCUUGGCAAGACCCGUGCCAUUCUCCACUACAACAAUGACGAGGAGAAGGCCACUUCUGCCAUGGGCGUCCUGCUUCACGGUGAUGCUGCAUUUGCUGCGCAAGGUAUUGUGUACGAAACCAUGGGUUUCGUUGGCUUGCCAGCAUACCAGACCGGCGGUACCAUCCACUUGAUCGUCAACAACCAAAUCGGCUUCACCACUGAUCCACGUUUCGCUCGUUCUACUCCCUACUGCUCUGAUUUGGCCAAGUUCGUCGAGGCCCCUAUCUUCCACGUCAAUGGCGAUGAUGUCGAGGCUCUGAACUUCGUCUGCCAGCUCGCCGCUGAUUGGCGCGCUGAGUUCAAGAAGGACGUUGUCGUCGACAUUGUCUGCUACCGAAAGCAGGGUCACAACGAGACCGAUCAGCCAUCUUUCACACAGCCACUCAUGUACAAGAAGAUUAACGAGCAGCUUCCAGUUCUGGACAAAUACACCCAGCAGCUCCUCGAUGCCAAAACUUUCACCAAGGAGGACAUCGAAGAGCACAAGAGCUGGGUCUGGGGCAUGCUCGAGGAGUCUUUCGCCAAGUCCAAGGACUACCAACCAAACUCUCGAGAGUGGCUGACCAGCGCCUGGAAUGGCUUCAAGUCGCCUAAAGAGUUGGCAACCGAGAUCCUGCCUCAUGAGCCUACUGCCGUCGAUGCUGACACCCUGAAGCAAGUUGCUAAAGUCAUUGGACAGCCUCCAGAAGGAUUCCAGGUCCACAAAAACCUCAAGCGUAUCUUGGCUAACAGGACAAAGAGUGUUGAGGAGGGUAAGAAUAUUGACAUGUCUACUGGAGAAGCUCUCGCGUUCGGAACUCUCGUCAAGGAGGGUCACCACGUCCGUGUUUCUGGUCAGGACGUAGAGCGUGGAACCUUCUCCCAACGACACGCCGUUCUGCAUGACCAAGAGAGCGAAGGCACUUACACUCCCCUGAAGCACAUUAGUGAAGAUCAAGGAUCAUUCGUCAUCGCUAACUCAAGCUUGUCUGAGUACGGUGCCCUAGGAUUCGAGUAUGGCUACUCGCUCUCGUCCCCCACUGCUCUCGUCAUUUGGGAAGCGCAGUUUGGUGACUUCGCCAACAACGCACAGUGUGUCAUUGACCAGUUCAUUGCAUCUGGAGAGGUCAAGUGGCUGCAACGUUCCGGUCUUGUUAUGAACCUGCCACACGGAUACGAUGGUCAAGGACCCGAACACAGUUCUGGCCGUAUGGAGCGCUUCCUUCAGCUGUGUAAUGAAGACCCACGUAUCUUCCCAGCACCAGAGAAGCUCGAUCGCCAGCACCAGGACUGCAACAUGCAGAUCGUCUACUGUACCACUCCAGCAAACUCCUUCCACAUCCUUCGUCGCCAGAUGAACCGACAGUUCCGCAAGCCUCUCAUCUCGUUCUUCAGUAAGAGCUUGCUCCGCCACCCGCUCGCACGAUCCAAGAUCGAGGACUUCACUGGCGACAGCGCCUUCCAAUGGAUCAUCCCUGAUCCUGCCCAUGAGGCCGACGCGGCUUUCCAGAUUGACAGUCACGACAAGAUCGAACGCGUCAUUCUCUGCUCCGGUCAAGUCUUCGCAGCACUUUUCAAGCACCGAGAAACCAACGACAUCAAGAACACGGCCAUUGUCCGUCUCGAACAACUCAACCCCUUCCCAUGGGCACAGCUCAAGGAGAACCUGGACAGCUAUCCUAACGCGCAAAACAUUGUCUGGUGUCAAGAGGAGCCUCUCAAUGCUGGUGCAUGGAGUUUCACUCAACCUCGUAUCGAGACUCUGUUGAACCACACGGAGCACCACGACCGGAAACACGUCAUGUAUGCGGGACGUAACCCUAGUGCAUCGGUGGCGACUGGUUUGAAGAGCAGCCAUCUUUUGGAGGAGAAGCGUCUAUUAGAAGAUGCUUUCAGUGUAAAGCAGGACAAGCUGAAGGGAGAAUAGGUGAACAAGCGCGUGGACGACAGACCCGUGCGUAUUCAUAAGCAUGUGAGAUAGCAUUCGAGAGGGAAAUGAAAUAAAGGUGGGCGAAGGACAGCUGUCUUGCAUGAUUUGUAAAUAGUAACUGUGGUGUAAGCAAGGUAGGUAUAUAGGUACUGACUCAAUGGCGUUUCCCAGGUCUUCAAUCUGCUUGAAUGGGAUGUGUCUCAGACGUUCUUCUUGGAGUUGGUGCGUUCCCGUUAGCUCUCACGACUUGCUGAGUCAUCACGCAAGUUGAAACACAUCCAUGGCAGGCAGGUACACUUCAAGUCUUGAAUACAUGUACCUCCUCCAUCAAUGGAAAUACUUUUGCGAAAUCGCCUUACAGCCCUCCCACCCCUGAUCCAAAGCCUGCACCACCUCCUCGGGAAGAGCAGGUUUCUCCAAAUCUACCAAAUUCUGCUCAAUAUGCUGUACCGACGACGCACCAAUAAUAAUGGCAUCCCCAAAUUCCCGCCGCAACUGACUAUGAUGCGUCAUCCAACGCAACGCACAUUCGGCUUCCGUCAAUCCAUGUUGGGAUGCGACGGGUCGGAGCAGGUCGAGAGCGUCAAAGUAUUGUGUGUUCCAGUAGCGGCCGCGGUACAUUUUUCCUUGCCAUUUGUUGCUGUCGAAGCGAGAGCCGGCUUCGACCGUGUUGUCGUUGCGGUGGUAGCGCGAGGUGAGGUAGCCUCCUGCUAGGGGGUUGUAGUUGUAGAAGGAUAUUUUAUACUUCCGCAAACAACUCAACAGCUCCAGCUCCACUGACCGAUGCAGAGCAUUAUACACUCCCUGAUACACAUCAAUCUGUUUCCAUCCAUGCUGUUUACACAUCUCACUCAUCUGCGCCACCUCCCACGCCAUAUAAUUGCUCACUCCCAACCUCUUAAAUUUCCCCUCCUGAUACAAAUCAUUCACCACCUUCAACGUCGUCUCAAACGGCACCGUCCGAUCCGGACCAUGCAAAUACCACAAAUCCACCUGCUCCGUCCGCAACGCUUUCAAACUCUUUUCCAAAUUCUCCCGCAAACCCUUUUCGUCCAAAUGUCCAUCCGUCGACCAUCCGGGAACCGCAUUGGGACCGGCGAAAUUCGCCGUUGGAUAGUAUUUUGUAUCUAAAACAAUUUUUCUCUUUUGGUAGUCCAGCUCGCCGAGCAUUUCUUCUGACGUGCCUUCGCCAUAGGCUCGUGCUGUGUCGACUUCGUUGUGGCCGUGGGAUUGGAAAAUGUCCAAGAUGGCUUUGGCUGUCGAGAGGUCGUGGACGCGAGAUUGUUCGGCUCCGGGUUUGCCGAAUGUCAUGGCGCCAAAGACUACAUUGACUGUGG